UCUGCUGAGGUUAGGGCCAGAGUCAGGUGGGUGGCCGCCAGGUAGCUCUGUUGUUUGAUGUGGCCUGAUGCUGUUGUCUUGUCUGCUUCAUUUCCAUCAGCACACCUGUCCUCCUAUCCAUCAGGCUCCUCCCCUAGCUCGGGACUUCUGCCUCCUGCCUUUCUGUUAGCUGGUUUAGUAUAAAGGAGAAGGACAGAGAACCAGAGGUAUUUGUGUUUGUGUGUGAGAUUGUAAUCAUUCCAUAGGACACUAAAACUUCUUCAUCACAAAACGACUCCAGUCUGCUGCAUCCCCCCCCCCCCACACACACACACACAUUAAUCACAUCUUCAGUCUCCAGACGCUAGACUCCACCGUCUCUUCAGCAACACUGUCCCCAGGAGCCUGGACACACAACAACAACAAUUACAGUAACUAGGAGUGCAUCCAGGGAUUCAACACAGCAACCUAACCUCUAACUCAGUCCUUACAGCCCAGCUGACUGUUCCCGGGAGUCAAGAGUCAGGAUAACAACCAAGGAUCUCACCGGUCUCCACAGCAACACCCAACGUCUGUUCUGACUGUGUUGGACCCAGCCACACACAACAACAACUCCAGGCUCCAGGAUGACGUCUAUGGCAGGUCGGCUGGCCCGUCAGCAGGAGAGGGAAAACGGUGUUGGAACCAACCAGCAGGCGGUUAAGUUCCUCCAGCAGGACUAUGAAACGUUGCUUCAGGGCUGUCUGGAGUCCGGGAAGCUGUUCCAGGACCCCUCCUUCCCAGCAGAGAGCAAGUCUCUAGGGUACAAAGAGCUGGGGAAGUACUCAUCCAAGACCAAGGGGCUGAUGUGGAAGAGACCCACGGAGUUGUGCUCAAACCCCAGAUUCAUUGAUGAUGGAGCCACCAGGACGGAUAUCUGCCAAGGAGAUCUGGGGGACUGUUGGCUGCUGGCUGCUAUUGCAUCACUGACCCUGGACGAGAGCGUGCUGGCCAGAGUCGUUCCUCCUGAACAGAGCUUCACUGACCGCUACGCCGGCAUCUUUCACUUCCAGUUCUGGCAGUUUGGUGAGUGGGUGGACGUGGUGAUUGACGACCGGCUGCCCACCAGAGAUGGAAAGCUGCUGUUUGUUCACUCAGCCGAGGGCUCUGAGUUCUGGAGCGCCCUGCUGGAGAAGGCCUACGCCAAGGUGAAUGGAUGCUAUGAGUCUCUGUCAGGUGGCUCCACCAUUGAGGGGUUUGAGGACUUCACAGGAGGGAUAGCGGAGAUAUACCAGUUGGACAAAGCUCCUCCUCACCUCUUCAAGAUCAUGGAGAAGGCUCUGGGCCUGGGCUCUCUACUGGGCUGUUCCAUUGAUAUCACCAAUUCCUAUGAGACAGAGGCAGUGACAGCUCUAAAACUGGUGAAGGGACACGCAUACUCUGUCACUGGUGCUGAAGAGGUCCAUCUCCAUGGAGACCCGGUCCAGCUGAUUCGCAUCAGGAACCCCUGGGGACAGGUGGAGUGGACUGGGCCAUGGAGUGAUGGUUCUAGUGAAUGGAAAUAUGUCCGUCCCGACGAGAAGCUGAAGCUGGAUCAUGUUGCUGAGGAUGGGGAGUUCUGGAUGUCCUAUUCAGACUUUAUACGUCAGUUCUCCAAGCUGGAGAUCUGUAACCUAACUCCGGACACCCUGACCAGUGACGAGGUGGGUCGCUGGAACAACUCCCAGUAUAAAGGCAUGUGGAGGGUAGGGUCUACCGCUGGAGGCUGCAGGAACCAUCCAGCCACGUUCUGCUCCAACCCCCAGUUUCUGGUGUGUCUGGAGGAUGUGGACGAUGAUCCUCUGGAUGGUGUGGAUGGCUGCACUUUCCUGGUGGGCCUGAUGCAGAAAGACGGACGGCGCAACCGCCAGAUGGGGGAAGACCUCAGUGCCAUCGGGUUCGCCAUCUAUGCGGUUCCUAAUGAGUAUAAGGGUCAAUGUAACAUCCACCUGGGACCAGACGUGCUGCUGAGACAGAAACACGUGGCCAUGAGCAGCACCUUCAUUAACACCAGAGAGGUGUGCGACCGUUUCUGCCUUCCCCCUGGGGAGUAUGUCGUCAUCCCCUCCACCUUCCAGCCUCACAAGAACGGCAGCUUCAUCCUCAGGGUGUUCUCGGAGAAACACGCAGCCACCAGUGAAAUGGGCUCGGUGGCUGCUGAAGAGAUAAAGGAGAUUAAAGUGUCAGAGAAAGACGUGGAUCCCAAUUUCAAGCAGAUGUUCAAGCAGAUCGCCGGCACUGACGGAGAAGUGACUGUCUUCCAACUUGUUGAAAUCCUGAACAAAGUUUUCGCUAGAAGGGCCGACAUCAAGACGGAAGGUUUUAGUCUUGAAACUGGACGACACAUUGUUAGUCUUCUAGAUAAAAAUGGAAAUUCCAAGUUGGGACUGGUUGAAUUCCACAUGCUUUGGAUGAAGAUCCAGAAAUACUUGGAAAUCUUCAGGAGUUACGACUCAGACCGUUCUGGAACUAUGAGUUCACAUGAGAUGAGAGGUGCUCUGACAGAAGCAGGCUUCCACAUCAACAGUGCAGUGUUGCAGGUCAUCGUGAAUCGUUAUGCCAGCGCCCACUAUGCCAUCGACUUUCACUGUUUCGUGGACUGUCUCAUCAGAGUUGAAAUGCUCUUCAAGAUGUUUAAAACUCUGGAUACCAACGCCUCUGGGAAGAUUGAGUUGGAUGUGUCCCAAUGGCUGUGCCUGGCAAUCAACUAAACUCCCCAAAACCAGGAGGGAAUCAACUAGACUCCCCAACGCCAGUAGUGAAUCAACUAGACUCCCCAACGCCAGUAGUGAAUCAACUAGACUCCCCAACGCCAGUAGUGAAUCAACUAGACUCCCCCAGUAGUGACAGCUGAUGCUAUAAAAGAGAUCAUGGUUUUUGAGAUUAAAGAUUUUUUUUUCCUAAUAACAUUUUCUUCUGUGAUAUUGUCACAUUUCUAGGAACAUUUCAAGUUCUAGUUUUGUACUAACUUUGAAUAUGGUUACUCAUAAAUACUUGCUCAUUCUGUAUGGGACAUUAGUAAACUAUUAAAAAAAUGUGUUCGCUGUA